AUGAUUGAAGCGUUACAUAAGGAACUGAAGGAUGCAGAAUCAAUUAAAGAGGCGCGAGCGGUGAUUAUAGCAGCUGAAGGGCGAGUUUACUCAUCGGGUCAUGACAUCAACGAACUGAAGAGUUCUGAAGGUGUGGAAAAGCAUAAAAGACUGUUUAACAGUUGUGCUGCAAUGUUAUCGCACAUUCAGACUAUGUCAUUGCCUGUAAUUGCCGAGGUCAACGGUAUUGCGGCCGCAGCGGGUUGUCAGCUUGUUGCAACGUGCGACAUUGUUAUCGCUGGAAAAACUUCGAAGUUUUCAGUGCCCGGUGCAAAAGUUGGUGUAUUUUGUUCAACACCCGGCAUACCGUUAGCGAGAUGCAUACCGCGUAAGGUGGCUUUAGAUAUGCUGCUCACUGCCGAUUAUAUUGAUGCUGAUAAAGCACUUCAAGUGGGUCUCGUAUCGAGAGUAGUUGACGACAACCUCGUCCAUCAAGAAGCUGUCAGUGUCGCCAAAAAAAUCGCAUCGUUGAGUCGCUCUAUCGUCUCGCUUGGCAAAAACUUUUUCUACACUCAAGUGGAACUUGCGAUCAAUGAUGCGUAUAGGAUGGGUUCUCGGGUGAUGGUUGAUACACUCCGACUCGUGGAUUCACAAGAAGGCAUCGAUGCAUUCGUCAAUAAACGAAAACCGAAUUGGACAAAUACCAACAAAAAAGCGCACUGA